AAACUCUGUGACAAUAAGCUUGUAAUUGAAAUCUAGCACUCCUGCUACAAUCCGGCAGUCGAUGUGUUGUUGCUACGGUUAGUAAGUGGCAUUUCCCCCCCCACACACACUGUUCAGUGGUGGUGCGAUUUAAAUGGUCAAAUGUACAGAGGCACAUCGAGAUAGAGAGCCAAGGAUGUCUCAUUACACAGACGAACCUCGCUUCACCAUCGAGCAGAUCGACCUGCUCCAGAGGCUGCGGCGUACAGGCAUGACCAAGCAGGAGAUCCUCCACGCCCUGGACACCCUAGACCGGCUGGACCGCGAGCACGGGGACAAGUUUGGACAUCGCACCUCCUACGGGGGAGGAGCGAGCAGCUCUGUGUCAGACCCCAAUUGCACCACCUCCAACAACACUGCAGCCACCACAUCCUCUACGACAUCCUCUUCCUGUAUUAUUAUUCAUAAUAAUGCCGCUGGUGGGAGCAGCCAUGUUAACAACUCCACCCUGUCCUCUUCCUGCACCAACUCUACCGUCGCACAGACCCAGUACCUCUCACCACGCGGGGGGCUGUCGCCUAGCAACAGCUACGACACCUCCCCACCGCCCGGCCUGCCCUCCCCAGUGUCACUGGUCACCAUGGUGCAGAACGGGGGGCGGGACAGCCUGGUGGCGACGCCCAAUGGGAAGCUCUCGCCGCCGCGGUACCCGGUGAACAGUGCAGCGGCCGCCAGGGCGUUCGGGUUCGAGGCCACGGAGGAGGAGCUGGAAAUCGAUGACAAGGUGGAGGAGCUCAUGAGGAGAGACGGCAGCAUUGUGAAGGAGGAGAUCAAGUCGUUCCUGGGGAACAGGAGAAUCUCUCAGGCUGUGGUGGCCCAGGUCACAGGUCAGUAACAAACAC